CUGUUUUGAUCUGAGUCGGUGAAUGCGGGAGCGUGAACAUUUCUAAGGAGAUAGUGUACAACUAGCUGACAGAAAGCCAGCGUCUGUAUGAAUGCAUGACAAUAAAAUGGCUAAUGCAGCACUCUGGGAUUAUUUCUAGAUGAAUGGAUUACAAAGAUUGACUCAUCCUAUACAGUUAUUGUGGUAUCCUGAUGCUGGAAGUGGCUGCAGUUCUACACUAGAUCUAUACCUAAUAUACAGAAAAAAUCAGAAUGGCUGUAACAUCUAAGGUGUCUGCGACCACAAGUUUCCCUCUCCGCAUUCUCAACGCAGGACCCAGUUUCAUCCGAGAAGCGCCCACAAAGGAUCAUCACAAACUAGGGCAUAAAUCGGCCAUGGAGCGAUUGGCUGAGAGCCGUGCCAAGUUUGUUCGAACGGGAAGCGGUGAGGAGUUGGACGACGCCAAAGGAAACGAGAACAGAACGAAGCCAACAGAAAUUAGAACGUCUCGUGUUACCGCCAGUCAAGAAAGCCAUGUAUUCAAAGCAGUGCCAUAUUAUGUCUGUGGAGAUGACGGUGACAGAGGUCCACAUCUGCCAAAGAAAACUUGUCCCCCUCCCCCUGUUCCUGACAAAUCAGAUGUAAGGAAACCGGAAGUAUCAGCGUUAAGGAAAGGAAGCAGAGAUCGAACGCUUGAGAUUGUUGCAGCCUCUUUAGCGCUCAGCGAGAAGAACAACAGCUCCUCGGACGACGACGUUCUUAAUCCCUCUCCGAAUCAUCUUCUCGUCUCGUCCGCUUCAGCCUCCCCGCAGAGCCCCAGAGAAGCUUCAAGUGUAGGUAGUCGUGUCCGAAAGUUAAAGGCGCAGUUUCAAGCGAUCGGCUCUGCGGAGAGUGAGAGCGACACAAGUCAGGGUAGAAAAACGCCAACGGAAAAAUCGGGGAGCUCGCCGAAAUCAUUCCACUCAUGGAAAGGCGGUAGAGAAACAGAUCAUACAACAAUCAGAAACUCAAGAAAACCUCAGUUAAGUCUUAAAUCAACAGAACCAGUCAAAAACGGCCAAGAAGAGGUUGCUCACCCUCCGGCAAGAAGGUCCUCUUCAAGUGAAGACAAGAGUCAUCUUAGUGAAAGACAAGUAACUGCGGAACCUAAAACAAACCAUCAAACUGACCUGACAAGACGACAGAUUGAACGCUUCAAAGCACAGCAUGCCAUGAAGGAGGGCUGUCAAAAACGCAAGGUCAAUAAGAUUGUCCUCAAGCCCCGGAGUCGGGUCUCAGAGAGAUUGGAGCGAAGCUUAGCCGCAAUUGAGCCAACUUAUAAGAUGUCAUCAAUAACAGUUAAUGAAAGAGCGCCCACAUCCACUGAUGAAACUGAUCACUGUCACCCCAUAUUACAUCUUGAAAAGCACUCUCUUGGUAGUAAUGCAAAUCCCAGACAUAAACACUCUCAAGAAAUUGUUGCCGGAAAUUGCAAGACUCAGAAGACGCUCCAUGCCAACAAUCAUGAGGUGACUGAAGCGAUGAAGUCUGACGAGCUAGCCAGAUUGAUGGAAAGCAUGGAACAUAAAUCAACUGAGCCCUCCUCUGACACCAAACCAUCUGGUUCAAGACAUCCCAUCCAACAUGUUAGAGAGAGGGUCUCCAAGAUGAGGCUAGAAUCAGACGAUCCGAAAGAAUCUUCCUCCACCAUGGAUGUCAACCACCGAAGAGCAAAAUCAGAUCUAGAUCGCAGCAAUCUCGCGAGAAGUUCAUCGGAGACAAAGCCAAAUCGGGUCAGACACUUAAGUCACGACGAUCAGCUGAGGCCAGAACAGGACUUCCCUCAUCAACAGCAAAAAAGAAAAGUCUCGGCACCGUCGGUUUCCCAUCAACGUGUCAAAUCCAGUCCAGACACCCUUGAGAAUUUUCAAAAGAAAUCCUGGGGGCCCAUCAAUUUCAAUCAGAACCAAGAGUGGGUCACAAAGAGCGACCGAAUCACUGGCCGAGAACUAAGAGCUUCAUCGACAGUUGUACAGACUCCGAGGACACACGAGCCGAAUAAGAAUUUGCCAAGACAACUGUUUUCACAAGAAACAGGAAUGCAUGAACACGCAAAAACGACAGUUAAGAGUUUUCUCUCUGGGGUAAUGAGCAGCCCGAUGCAUCUACAGAAUGCCAACGAUAAGAAUUCUAAAACGGACAACGAGCCUGUUGUGAUUGAGGAUGGUAAUGGAAACCAAAUUGGUACGGAAACUUCACAGGGGUUCAGAGGUACAUUCAGUCCAACCAGGCCAACAACUACAGGCAGCAAAAAUUUAAACUUAAACCUUAACAAUCUGGUGGAGAACGAAAAGAACACUGUUGAAGUUUCGUCACAGGUAGCUUCAUCUAGAGAUGUUGAACUGACUUUAAUGACUAGUCAGGAACACCCGUAUAAGCAGAUCAAAUUUGUUGCCCAGGAACCAGUGUCUAAUGUGAAUGAACAUAGAGGAGUCAGGUAUCCAGAUAAGACUAAGCUACGCCACGUUGAUCUUGUUGAAAAACAAAGACAUGAGGAGUGCGGUCGAAAUUCUAAGUUUGGUCAGAAGGCGGAUGUUCCACCAUUCAAACACAGCAGAAACGUCGAACCCCGUCAUGGUGACAAUGAGACAAGUACGAAAGCUGCGGAACCAAGAGCCAAGAAGAUUUCUCUUGCGGACUUGCUCAGUAAAGAUAAUUCGCAAGGAGUGGCAGAAGUUAGUCAGACAAAGGGGACGGAAGUCAGAAGAGGUGCAACCGAAUACAAGCGGCACCGACUUCCGUCCAGAUCCGAUAGAAGUCACGGUGACAAUUCAGAGACAGACAGCGACGAAGAGCUGCAAAGGAGUAAAGUCUUGCGCGUCCGCAAGACUCGCGCUGACAGUAAGAAGCAGGAUAAAUCAUUGCAGAAUUUGCUCUCAAGGAUAAUAAACCCCGAAGACGAUUUAAACACUCUCAAAAGAGGACAGAAAAUCUCGGAUCUUAAGAAGUCAGAGCAGGAAGCAACUCAGCAGUCCAAGAGAGAUGAUAACACUGCAGAUAUGUCGCAUAGCAAACCCUUGUUAGUUAACGUCGCUGGAUCAUCAGUUCCAUGUAGGUACCAGGCAACUAACCUCACCAGACCUUUACUUAAUUUGAAUAUCGCAACUAAAAGCAAAUGCAAAGAUGCCUUCGUUUCCCCGCCUGCGUCUUUGACCUCCCCUACCAGACGAGACAUGCUUCGCCGCCGUUCCAAAUCGGAUCUUGGGAUGAGUCCGAGAUGCUCCAUCUCAAGUGCUCAUUCCGAGGUGGAAUAUUUCUUCAAUCAGAUGGGGAUGAACGACAGCUUCUUCCAGGGACCCCUCUCCCCGUUACACUACAGCGACGAGGACGACGUGUUCCACAACAUGCACGAGUACAAGCACGACCGGGCUGGCUCCUUCAGUACGGAGGACUCGGAUAACAUUUCUCGGGGGAGUAAUGUCAGCAACGAGGGUUUGCAUCUUGCCAAGAAGCUCCCGGAUACGUCGUCGUCGAUCAUCACCAAGAACGCCCGUGUCAUCAAGUGGUUGUGUCAAAUGAGGAAGGCUCGUGCAUCCAGCAUCUCCUGAUCGCAGAUGAUAGCCUCCUGUAGUGUUGCCAUACUGGGAGGUGCAUUGGUUACAAUUAUCGGUGAUGGUGAGCUUUUGUAAACUCUGGUUACGAUAAGGUUCAGCUACUGAUGGCACAACCGCUACCAAGGAUUCAACCAAGCAAUCAACCUCCUUCCCAGUGGUGAAUAAUCUCGCUGUGCCACCCCCCCCCCCCCCCCCCCGACCCAGUUUUAAUGGCUUGGGAAAACACUGGGUAGUAUACCAAAGAGUGCUUGUUUUAAAAGCGUUUAAGCCGUGAUAAAUGUGUUAGAAGCCUCCUUAAUUGUAAGCGGCAAGCAAGAGGCAGAAUUGUAUUUCAUAAUUAUUUUAAAAAAGAAAAGUAAGCCUUUGGUUUUAAAGGAACACGUUGCCUUGGA